CCACCAAUGAGCGAGCGGAGGGGGCGGGACUAAGCGGGAGCUAUAAGAGGAGCGGCGGGAGUGGGGGGGGCCCCGACGGAGUGAGGAUGUCAGCGAGUCAGGACAGCCGGCCCCGCGAUAAUGGACCCGAAGGGAUGGACCCCGACGGCGUCAUCGAGAGCAACUGGAACGAGAUCGUGGACAGUUUUGACGACAUGAACCUGUCGGAGGCGCUGCUGCGCGGGAUCUACGCGUACGGCUUCGAGAAGCCCUCGGCCAUCCAGCAACGCGCCAUCCUGCCCUGCAUCAAAGGGUACGAUGUGAUCGCUCAGGCGCAGUCGGGGACGGGGAAGACGGCGACGUUCGCCAUCUCCAUCCUGCAGCAGCUGGAGCUGCACAUCAAGGCCACGCAGGCGCUCGUCCUUGCGCCCACCAGGGAGCUGGCGCAGCAGAUCCAGAAGGUGGUGAUGGCCCUUGGUGACUAUAUGGGCGCCUCGUGCCACGCCUGCAUCGGGGGCACCAACGUUCGCGCCGAGGUGCAGAAGCUGCAGCUGGAAGCCCCCCACAUCAUCGUGGGGACCCCCGGGCGCGUCUUCGACAUGCUCAACCGCCGCUACCUCUCCCCGAAGUUCAUCAAGAUGUUUGUGCUGGACGAGGCCGACGAGAUGCUGAGCCGCGGGUUCAAGGAUCAGAUCUACGACAUCUUCCAGAAGCUGAGCGGGAACACGCAGGUGGUGCUGCUGUCGGCCACGAUGCCCAUGGACGUGCUGGAGGUGACCAAGAAGUUCAUGCGGGAUCCCAUCCGAAUCCUGGUCAAGAAGGAGGAGCUGACGCUGGAGGGGAUCCGGCAGUUCUACAUCAACGUGGAGAGAGAGGUCGGACCCCCCCCAAAAUAAAGGGACCCCCUAAAGUAAAGGGA